AUGUCAAGUUUCCAGAACACUUCAUCCUCUUCCAUCAUUUUCCUGCUCACUGGCGUUCCUGGACUGGAAGCCUUCCACACCUGGAUCUCCAUUCCCUUCUGUUUUCUCUACGUAACUGCUCUGUCUGGAAACAGCCUGAUCCUCAUUGCCAUUGUCAGUCAGUCCAGCCUCCAUGAGCCCAUGUAUUACUUCCUCUCCAUGUUGUCCACGACUGACCUCGGCUUGUCCAUAUCUACUCUGGUCACCAUGAUGGGUAUAUUUUGGUUCAAUGCCAGGGAGAUCGACUUCAAUGCUUGCUUGUCACAGAUGUUCUUCAUUCAACUCUUCACAGUCAUGGAAUCUUCAGUGCUGUUGGCCAUGGCCUUUGACCGCUUUGUGGCCAUCUCUAAUCCCCUCAGGUAUGCUUCCAUCUUAACUGAAGCUAGAAUAGCACAGAUUGGAGUGGUCACUGUCAUGAGGGGGACAGUAAUGCUGGCACCAAUGGUAGCACUUCUUAAGCAUCUGUCCUUCUGCCGCAGCCAUGUUCUCCACCACUCUUACUGUUUCCACCCUGAUGUGAUGAAGCUCUCGUGCACAGACACCAGGAUCAACAGUGUGCUUGGAUUGACUAUUUUGAUCAGCACUGCUGGAGUAGACUCAACCUUUAUCGUCUUCUCUUAUGUUUUGAUCAUCAAGACUGUCCUCAGCAUCGCAUCCCCAGCAGAGAGGAAGAAAGCCUUCAGCACGUGUAUCUCCCAUAUUGGAGCUGUUGCUAUAUUCUAUAUUCCCUUGAUCAGCCUGUCUUUUGUUCACAGAUUUGGGAAACGAGCCCCUCCCUAUGUGCAUACUCUCAUUGCCAAUGCCUACUUGCUAAUUCCCCCAGUGAUGAACCCUAUCAUUUAUAGUGUGAAGACCAAACAGAUACGCAUAGCUGUGCUUAAGGUGCUCCACUUCAGUGCAACAAAAUAG